AUGACCACCACGGCAGGCGGCCCGGUCAGAUGCAAGGUCGAAUCUCCACCGCGCUGGCCAAGUGCAAAACAAGCUGCCAAUUUCAAAAGCGGCUGCGAGGCUGCGUCCAUUCCCGGCGCACGGUCGAAUAUGACCCCAUGGGCUAGCCCUCAGUGA